CAGACUCACAAACAAAAAGUCACAGAGGGAGAAAAUAAACAAAGGUAGCUCCAAAGGACCACGACUCUUGCAGAGUGCAGACUGAACUUUCCCUUCGUUUUCCUUUUCCUCCCUCUUCUCGCUGGUCCACACUCCAUCGUUGAAAUCCCAUGUCAUUUCUGUGAAGAAAUUCACCCAUCUCUCUCUUGUGGAGGAGGAGGUUAAUCUUGGUUUAAAGUAACCAUGUUUGGUCUUUGGAAAAAUUCUCACCAUGAUCAGGAGAAUGAUCAGGUGCAGCGCGAGUUAAAGGUCAAUGAACUUAAGACUGCAAUCGGACCCCUAUCUGGACGUAGUUUACAGUAUUGCACUGAUGCAUGCUAUAAAAGAUAUUUGGAAGCUCGGAAUUGGAAUGUUGACAAAUCAAAGAAAAUGUUGGAAGAGACACUUAAUUGGAGAUCAACCUAUAAACCAGAGGAAAUCCAGUGGCAUGAAGUUGCAAUGGAGGGUGAGACUGGAAAAGUAUACAGAGCAAAUUUUCGUGACCGACAUGGGAGGACCGUUCUUAUUUUGAGACCUGGAAUGCAGAACACUAAGUCUUUAGACAAUCAGAUGCGACAUCUAGUUUAUCUCAUAGAGAAUGCCAUUCUUAACCUUCCAGAGGGUCAAGAACAGAUGUCAUGGUUGAUAGACUUCACUGGGUGGUCUAUAAGCAACUCUGUGCCCAUUAAAUCUGCUCGAGAUACUGUCAAUAUUUUGCAGAAUCACUAUCCUGAGAGGCUAGGCAUAGCAUUUCUCUACAAUCCCCCACGGAUUUUUGAGGCAUUUUGGAAGAUUGUCAAGUACUUCUUGGAAGCCAAGACAUUCCAGAAGGUGAAGUUUGUGUACCCUAAAAAUAAUGAUAGUGUGGAGCUCAUGAGGUCGUAUUUUGACGAGGAAAAUCUUCCUUCAGAGUUUGGGGGAAAAGCCAUGUUAAAUUAUGACCAUGAGGAGUUCACAAGACAAAUGAGCCAGGAUGAUGUCAAAUCCGCUGCAUUGUGGGGAUUUGAAAAGAAGUUACAACAUGCUGGAAAUGGAUAUUCGGGAGCAGAGGUGGCUCCAGCGCCAGUGGGUCUUGCACCACUGGCCGGAUGAGCCAGGUAGCCCCCCUGUUUUCGUAAUAGAGUUUUAAACUUCUAUCUACGCCUGAAUGAUUCUUGACUAAAAGAAAUAGUCUUUAUUCAACUCGGAGCAGCCAUAAAUGUUGUUCCAUGUUAAGGUAAAUUGAUACAAUCUGAACUGCGUACUAUUUAUAGCAGGGGGUAUUUUGCCCAUGUAUACUUUAUCUUAAUGCUGAUAUCACCCUCUUCCAUUUCCUUGAAACAAAGAUAUGAAACAAAAAUAGGCAGAUGAUGGGCUUCUUUCUGAUUUA